ACAGUACUUUUUUUAGGGUGAUUUUCCCCCUUUCUUGGGAGCAGCUGAAAUUUUGAACUCCUGGGGACUAUCUCUUUCAUUCAUUGAUCAUUUUGUGAAGAGCCUCCUGAGUGAUCAGCGAUCACCAUGGCAACGAUAAACAGGGAUAGUCUCCUUCAAGACUCCACCGAUGUAUUCCUACCGUCCAUCCUCCACCGCCAUGGGGGCUACUGAGGUUAUAAGACCAUCCUCAGGUACCCAACCCCAGGGCCACCGGGCGAGAGUGUCUGGUUCAAGCCCCCUGUCCAGUGCAGGAUCGACAGGCUCCCACCGCAACAAGAAGCUGCUGAAGUCUUACCACGACUUCACCAUGCAGAUCUUCAGCUCCGGCCAGGGGGCGGGGGAGAACGAUAACCUGUUCGUGGCAGCUGUGCGGAGUGGAGAUUACGAGAGGGUAGAGAAUAUUCUACAAAGGAGAAGCCAUGAGGUCGUCAACGUCGAUGCCCGAGACCGGGAAACGGGGAACACCGCCCUGAUGUGGGCAGUAAUCAAAGGUCACAUCAAGCUGAUCCGGCUCCUCCUCAAGUACGGAGCGGACGUGACGCUGCGCAACGCUGCCACGGAGUGCGUCCUGGACCUGACAGAGGACCGUCAGAUCCGGAAGCUACUCCUGGAGUCUGUCCUGAGGAAGGGGGUGUCUCCCAGGCAUCUCCUGCAAGCGGCCUGGCAAGGGAACGCACAGGUUGUCAGGCAACUCUUGAAUGAAAGUAAAAUUUUGGACAUCAAUUGCAGGAAUUCUGAUGGAUUCACACCGCUAUUACUGGUUACUAGAGACGUAGAUUUAUUUGAAUCAAUUGGAUCAGCCCUAGAGUCCUACGACCCUCUCGCCGUCAUCGAAGAACUCCUUCGCCACCGAGCAGACCCCAUCGCCACCGACCGUGAGAGCCACACCGCCUUGCAUUAUGUCUCCUCUGGCAGCUCCCAACUCACCGACGAACUAGCCAUCAGGCUCAUGGCCAUUCCUUCCUUGGCCAAUUCCUGCGACGGACGAUCCGUUGCGCCUAUCCACGUUGCCUCGAAGAGCGGGAGUGUUGAUGUCGUGGUAGCGCUUCUAGAUCACGGGGUUGAUGUCAAUACAAGAGGUUAUGCUGGGUCAACGCCGCUCCAUUUAUCGGCUCAAGCUGGUCAAACUCAGGUCGCCAACACCUUGCUAAACCAUGGUGCUGAUAUCACCAUAGUGGAUGACAGCGGUAACACUGCUGUCGAUGUAGCUAAGACGAAGAGGAUGAAAUCUGUGUUAAGAGAUGCAUGGAUGGAGGUAACGGACAACAAACAAGCAGAGGUGCUGAGUCCCGUCAAGCCACCGUCUCGUCUGGAAGAUCGUAGUCCUAGGCAGACUAGAGUACAUAGUCUUACAUCCACAUCACCACCCUCCGAGGGGCAUGGAAAUCGAAUGAUGCAGAAGUUUUCCGAGGCUCAUAGAGCACUACAGGAAGAGGAACAACUUCUGAAGGACGUAGAAGCCGGUCGUUAUACUCCUGGACUUCACACAAAAACGCUGAAUCUCCUGAGGACCCCUUCCCGCAACUCACCCCUCCUAACCACCACCAACCGAGCCCCUGCCCCUCCCAAGACACCCCGGGUCCUGGACCCUCUCGCAAGCCCCGCCUCCAAGACCAAAUCCUCUGAAGGUCAAGGGUCAAAGAAGCCACGAAGGUCACUGACCUUCUCUGGUCGGGUGAACAGUGGAUCCAAGGAACAGAGGUCAAGAGGUCACAGCAAGCUCAGCAAGACGAGAUAUUUUUAUAUUUCAGCGGACCCGACAAAUCUUCAGGCCAGUGGAGACGGACCUCAAGUACCUGUUACUGUAGUAGGCCUGGACCUAGAUGAUAAUCUGAGGGAUGUCAGGUUUCAGCGCAUAGUGCCCCAUGGUGCCAAACAACUCGAUCGACACGCCUCAACCCAGAGCGACACAUCCCUCCACAAACAUAGGGGGGGAUCUACCCACCAUCGCUUAUCAGACCCAAGCCUAGCUGAUGUAGCCAAGGCCUACCAUACAUUCUGCAAUAAGGAUAUAUCAACCAGCCCGGCGUUGGCUCAUGUUCCGCCGAUACGCACGUCGCAGCUCUUGAAUCUUGAACAAAUGCAUUUGCGGCUGACAUCGCCGAGCCCCAACCCUGAGGCAUCAGGUCUGUACCCAACCUCUCGCAGUGUUCUUCCACACUCGCCAGGGAACUUUGGUGACAAUCGCCACCUACAGGAAACCAUCUUUGAGUUUGAGGAUGAGGAAGGUGGUGAUGGUGAUAAGAAUGAGAUGCCAACAAUGAGGCUGAACUUGGAAGAAGUUGUCGAGGACGAGGAGAGCAGAGGUCAUCAAGGUUCGCUCCAGAAUCGCACUGUCAUGUUCAACAUUGAAGCUAGUCGUGUCAACCCCCUCAAAGAUAGUUCUGAUUCGGGUCAGGGAUCAUCCAGGUCAACGGUUAGCCACACCUCCUCUGCUGCGAGCCUUGUCAUGUCCAGCCCAAGUCCGCAGCUUGAAGUAGACCGCAAGGAAGCUGCAAAGAAUCGCUUGGGGAUCAAGAUGACACCAUCUGCCACCAAGGUUCCAGAUGAGAGAAUUGCACUUUUUCAAAGGGCGCAGAUGAAACUUCCAAGCCUUGGUCGGGCCUCGCCUGCCAUCAAACAGUCUCAAGGACAAAAGACAAAACGACAGACAAGUGAAGAGUGCCUUUCCGUGCUGUCCAUGUCCUCUAUAAAUGCUGUCAUGUCUCCAGAUGUAGGAAAUGCCAAAGAUAUGACGAAGGAAGACAACCAGACCAAGUCCUCAGCAAUUGGCAAUGAUCUCGAUCGGCAGUUGCAGGGUCAACAGAAUAGUUUAAAUCGGCAGGGUGGCAAACGGAAGAUAUCUCUUGAGGACAAUGCCUUGUUACUUGAAACAAGGAAACGAUCUCUAUCUUCCACCAGUGAAUCAAAGACACUUACUCCAGGUGCAUCUAGUCAGUCCAGCCAUCCCUUGCCUCUGUCAGGAGGCAGUGGGACAGCAUUGGUAAAAAAGGCUGACGAGCGAUUAUCUAUAGACAGUAUGGCUGAGAACACGUCGAAGAAAAACACUGCCCUUGUGACUCCGUUAUGUGCCACCAAAGGUACAGCGACCCCAGCUUGCCCUUCCACCAAAUCUUCGCCCCAUCAGAAAACGGCACAAAUCUUUUCUUGUAAGAAUGCACAACCUUCAGCGAAUACCGCUAGGAAAAUGGCUGAUAAGAACCCAAAGGCUCAAUCUUCCGUACCUGGGACACAAAAUGGUACCAAGGGAGAGAAGAAAUCAACGCUUGUCAGUGCCUCCAAACCGGUUGUUCGAACAUUAGAAGUCUUGCCCGUUGCCAAAGUAGACAGCAAAACAUCUGGAAAGCAAUCUGAAAAGGACACCAACAAAAGUGAUGAUCAGGAAAGCUCAAAGGUCGAUAAAUCUGUUGUGAAAACAGAAGUGAAAAUGCCGAAGGAAAAACCAAUUACAAGCCGUGAUGCUGUUAAGCCAGACAAAACAAGGAAGUCAGAAAGUAAAACAGUAAUCAACAGCAAGGGAAAGACUGGACAUGUUUCAAGUAGUAUGAAAAGUAGUGUGAAACAGGAGGACCAUGGAUCUGGUCUUGUUAAGCCUGCCUCAGAUCUUCAUAACAAAAAUGCAUGUAAUAAGACAGAUAAAAAGACUGUUACUUCAAAAUCACAGAGAGAACCUGGUGGAGGGCCUGAAGGGAAUAGUGCAAUAAGUGUAAAGAAGGGUGCUGCAGCUCCAACUAACAAAGCCACUAGUAAAACAAAAAAUGACCAGGGUAAAGUGAAAACAGGGAGAAAAGAAGAAGCUGAAAAGAAGGUGAUCACUUGGAGAAUAUCAUGUGAUGAUGAUGAUGAUUCAUCAGAAUCAGACUUUGAUAAUGAGCAACAGAGAUUUGUUGAAGAAGACAUUCCUGUUCUAGGGAGAGAUCGGAAAGAGCAGAAGGUCUUACGGAAAGGAAGUACAGUUCCUCCAUGCACAAAGACAGACGACUUUCAGGACCUUGCAGAAAGUAGUGAUGCUGAGGAUGUUUUUGAGGAAGUGAUCUUCAGUGAUGAAGAGGACACACCUACAGACAUCAGUAAGGCUAAGACAAAGCUUAUCAAGGAUCCAUCUAAGAUAUCCUCAAAGCACCAAAAGCCACUGACAUCACAGGGAUCCAAGGCAGUUCAAAAGUCCACAGUUAAACCCCCAGCAGCAACAAAGAAACCAACACCUGGUGCCCAACAGCAGAAGAGUGUUGUUAAGGAAUCGGCUAAGGCAAAAGGAACCUUAGUUAAGAAGCCUCUUAAAAGAGAAACACCGAAUGAGAUGGUCAAAGGCAAGGUUGCCGUGAAAGGUAUGUCAGUGACGAAGACACUGUCAAAGGAACCUAGUCCAACUGAUAAUACAAAUACCCACAAGGCUGCAGAGAAAAGCAUCUUGACUAUUUCACGUCAGAAGCCUUUGAACACUUUAACCAGCAGCAAAGUCGAGAAAGAGAUUAACAAGGCAAAGCAGCCGCCAGAGAAAAACAGCUCAAAUGCUUUGAAGCAAAAGCCUUCUGAGGUUAUGAAAGAUGGUAGAAGUGAUGUUAAAGCAAUGGACAUCAAAGAAAAGACAGUACUUAAAACCGUACAGAAAAAUGCAAAUGUGAAGAAUGCUGCGUCACCGGCGAAAGUUCAGAACAGUUCUGUAAGUUCAAAAGUAGAUAACAAGCAAGAUGCUCCAGAGGUAAGGUCUAGUGUUGCAAUAGAAAGCAGGAAGGAAGACCCUAUUAAGGUCUCUGAGAGACCUGAAGUUGUAGCAAAUGAAUCUAAAGGUGUUUCUUCAACAGAACUAGGUGAAAGUUCAGAUGUCAUUCCUGCUGGUCAGGAUUACAUUGACCCUGCUGUAAAGGUUGUAACGUCAGAACAAGGUGAUGACGUUCAUCUGAACCCAAUCAGUCCAAAAGAACCGAAACCUGGGAAUAAUUCCUUCAGGAAAGGGAAGUACAAGUCCCCAAACAACUCACCUCGUGAUUUUGCUGUCUCAGAGGUGGCAGUGCCAGAAAAGAAGCCUGUCCGUGACCCAAUGGCUGCCAAGCAGUCCCCAGUGAUAAUGGAUAUUGUUGAAAUGUUUAAGUCUGCAAGUUCUGGAACAUCCCCUGAUGUCAAACUUGAGGUCUUAGGAAAGAUCAAGGAUCGUGUUGCUAGUGUAAAGGGUCCUGUCAAGAAGCUGGUGAAGAAUGUUCCAAAGAAGGUCUCGGGUACUGUGCAAGCAAAAGGAAACAAGGGAAAGAGCAAGGACAGAGUUGGCAGUGGUGGGAAGAGUAAAGGGAGAAUUGGAAGUGGAGGAAGUCGGAGUGGUGAUGGGUCAAAGGUUAUGAAAAAGACCAAGAAAUCGAGUGGAAGGACAAAGUCAAAGAAGAAGAUGAAGGAAGUGAAUUACAGCCUUUUGCCAGAUUCAGAGCAAAACACCACUGCCUUCAUCACAGGUCAGGGCUGGAGCAUCAAGACCUCAAGGAAUGAGAACGAUGAUGUUAUCCUCCAGGAAAAUAAUCAGGAUGAUUCCUCGGACGAUGAUAUGGGAAAUCUCGAGCUUCCUAACCUUGGUGAAUCGCAGCUCAGUCCGCACAACUCCCUGAAAUUGGAUGAGUUGGUCGUGAUGAGGUCAAUAUCUCUGGAAGAAAAGAAGAACUUGGUGAACAUCUUGAGCCCGCUUGAGAUGAAUGCUCCUUACUUUAUUCCAGACACCAUGGGAACAAUCAAAGAGUUUGCUGACUCUCUCAAAAGUGACUCUUCAGAGAUGAGUGCUGUGAAAGCUGCGGUGAGGGACAAUCAUUCCGAUUCUCAAACUCAAGGCAAUGUGACUGAAAGUGUAGAUCCAAGAGAGGAAAGGUCUGUGGCUCAUGCGGAGACAGAUUCGUCUAAUCUUGAUCACAAAAGGAAUACUGAUACUAAGAAGAGCCCUCCAGUUCCAGAUGUAAGGGUUAGGAAAAGCAGCACCCAUUCCCAGAUGGAUAAUGACAUACAUGAUCCUGAACAUGACAGUAGACACCUUGGACUUACUGGAGAGCUGUCAAAUUAUGAUACCAACCCUGAACUCCUCAAGGUUUUCCGCAUCAAGGAUCACUAUGAGACGGUGUCUUCUCAAGGGUCACGUCGGACUUCCAUCGCUUCAGACGAGGAAGCAGUGCGGGAACAUCUAAGUUUGAUUCUGAACAAACCGGACAGCGGGAGUGAUGCGAAUGAAGACCAAGGUGGAAGCAAUAUGAGAGGACAAUCUGGUGAAGAUUCACCAGGACAAAGAAGAGAGCCAAAGGGUAAUGUCCUCAAGAAGAAGCCACCCUUACCAAAACUACUGCAGCAGCAUCAGAUCCAGUCUUCCAUACGGCCCAGCCCAAGGCGAGCCAGUGAACCAAACUUACCACCUCCUGAUGCUGACAGUACCUCCUUUUCUGUAACUCCCAUCAAGAAACUUGAACAGAAGAGGGAAGAGAACAAGUCUCAAGUUUCAACAAUAAAGAACAGUCUUCCAGAUAAGAAGUUCAGCCCUCCGUCUUCUUCCACGAAGAAACAGCGUGGCAAAUCCGUCGGAGAUGUGCCUUCAGAUGCCUCGGGCAAAGAUCGUGGUCAGAGUUCAAGUACAACCAGCCUUCCCAUCAAGUCCUCGAUCAUUGAGGAAGAUGGUCACCAAGAUUCUGCGGAUGAAGAUUGGGUCGAGGAGGAAGAGCCUCUUGCCAGACACGUCCAGACGCUGACGGAGAAGACACUCCAGGAAUUCGAAAUCAUUGCUCAAUCUGUUGAUACCGCCACAACCUCUGUUAUCCAUACCCGACCUCCAUCUUCAGCUGGUGGGCAGUCCAUCCAUACCGCCAGGAGCUCUAUCAGGAGUGUCUCUCCUAGUCCUAGGGUGAGGGAUGUCAUCAAUGUCCAAGGAGGUGACCAGGAAGAAAGAGAGUUUUUGAAUCAGAGCAUCGCGCUCUCGGAAACAAGCAGUGAGGUCUUUAGGGAUUUCAACGAUACUGGAGAGAGUGUUGUAAACAGUCACGAUACAUCAGUGUCAUCCAGCAUGAUAAGUAGCACCGAUCGUAGUCUUAGCGCUAACACCACGGUCUCGGAGUCUGAGGGGACUGAACUCCUCCAUUGGAAGAAAGGCAACCUGCUUGGGAAAGGAGCAUUUGGGACGGUGUACUGUGGGCUAACAAACACCGGUCAGCUGUUAGCCGUGAAGCAGGUCGAACUCAGCGAGAGAGACAAGGAGAAAGCCAAACAACAGUAUCAGAAACUACAAGAAGAAGUACAACUUCUAAAGACACUUUGUCACAAGAACAUUGUUGGCUUCCUUGGAGUGUCUUUAGAAGAGAACAUGGUCAAUAUCUUCAUGCAGUUCAUCCCUGGUGGAUCUAUCGCAUCACUUCUGGCUAGGUUUGGAUCCCUUGAUGAAACCGUCUUCUGUCGUUACACCAAACAGAUCCUAGAAGGCACUCAGUACUUACAUGAGAAUGAUGUCAUACAUAGGGACAUCAAAGGAGCCAACAUCAUGUUGAUGUCGACCGGGGUGAUCAAGCUCAUAGACUUUGGUUGUGCUAAGCGUCUAUGUAUCCAGAUCAGUCGCAGUCAGAAUGUACUCAAGUCAAUGCGAGGGACACCGUACUGGAUGGCGCCAGAGGUCAUCAUGGAGACGGGACAUGGGAAGAAAUCAGAUAUAUGGUCCAUUGGUUGUACAGUGUUUGAGAUGGCGACACGUAAACCUCCUUGGUCUGACAUGCCUCCCAUGGCGGCUAUCUUUGCCAUCGGUUCCGGUGGCCCCGUUCCUCAGAUGCCGGACAAGUUCUCUGAAGAUGCGAAGACCUUUGUCAAUGCUUGCCUAACAAGGAAUCAAGAUGAAAGAGCAACAGCCUCGGAACUCCUCAAGCACCCCUUUAUCAAGAGGAGAAAAGAAAGAGGGAGGGAACACUAUCAGAGCAGGAUAUCCUCAACAUCUCUGGAAGAUGGCCCAAUCGUCUUCAGGGAACAACCUAUCUCAAGGGACUCGGCAGAGAGCAAAGGAAGAAGGAACUAUGCCUUGCAGGAUUUCCGCUGAAUGAGCAAUUGCUGCUGUAGAAUUGCUUGUGGAAUCAGUCUAAAAAAUAGUGAUAUUCUGGUAGUCACUUGAGACAAGUUUGUGUCGUUGUGCUCUACCUGUCGAGCAGAGGUAGAAGCACGCUGCGGGCAAUUGUUGCAGGAAAAAGUGCUUGAGGAAUACGUCUCAGAGACAUAUAUUGUGUUUGUGUGGUCACCUGAGACAGGUCUGUGCUUUGGCAUUCUUACACCACCAAAUGGAUUAAGAAUGAUAUUGAGUGUGAGUUUCAUUUGUGAAGCAAUUGAGUUGAGGAGUAGCAAUGUUUUCAACAUUCCACAUUAUCACCAGUGAUAGGAACUGCAUCUUUCUUGAGUUCCAUAGAUAAAGAGACCAUUGCGCAUUCAAUAAGCUCUGGAAGAUUUCUUUCUUUCUGGGGAAAAGGAUUUUACAGGACUGGCAAAUAUGCUAAGGAAUAUUCAGCACGUGUCCGUUGAAAGAAGCUGUGUCUUUCAUUAGCUCUGUUGGUCUUGCUGGAAACACUAAAGUUUCAUACAGAGAUCAAGGCUGAAUUGAAGCUCGCCUGCAAGAAGUAUGUUGGUAGAGCCGUUGCUGCGUUGACAAUCGCCUGUAAGAAUCAUCCACUGACAACUUAAUUAUUAAGGAGCAGCUGAUGACAAUGGAACUGAACAGUGCCAAGGUAAACUGUUCCUUGUAAUUGAGACGCCUGUUUCAACUGUAAAACCUUUUAUUCUGAAGGGUAUUACUUCAAUUUUUCAUCAUGUUUAAAUGAAAAUGCACAGGAUUCACUAGCUCAUGGCAGUUUUCAGAAUCGAUUUUUCCAUAAUGGUCAUGAACCUUUUACUACAAUGGGAAAAAAUCGCAUGUAUAAUCAUUGACAGUGUUGAUUAAUUCAUGAUGAAAGCAUCUACCAUUUUACAUAAGUUCAAGGUUCAGCCCUAACCAUUUGUUGUCACUGAACCUGAUGUCUUUUCCAUUGUAUUGCAAAUAAUCAUGCUGUGGGAUUCAAAUGUAUUCAGAACCUUGAUAUAUGCAUGGAUUUGUUUUGCAAACUUCUCUGAGCUACGUGUAGUAUCCGCUUUAUCAGUGCUGGAGUAAAUGUACAUUUAGCUCUGUCUAAGUCGAAUGUUUUAUCCAGUAAAUGAAUGCAUUUUCUGGCUCUAAUCAUGUAUUCCGAUUGCAUGGCUACUUUUGUAUUCAAAUCAUUAUUCAUGAUUCAUGUCGGUGGGUAAGCGAAUAGAUAGAUUGUCAGUAAUGGGAACUUGUACCUCUAAACUUGGGUGUUUCACAAAAGGUCAAGAUUGACUUAAAAUCAUGCUAAAAUGCUGACACUACAUUAUAUGUAACAUGCAAUCUUAUUGAUAAAUAUGCAGUAGCGUGGGUACUCUUAGCAUGAUUUAACCAAUGCAGCGAUGUCUUCUAUACCGUAUGCAGCUGGAAAUUUAAGUGCGACUCUAAGUCACACGUCUUUGUGAAACACGCCCUGGACAUUGUAGUUGAGCACUUUGCCACCAUGAUGGAAUCAAUCUUAUCUCAUGUCAUUAAUUGAAGGAUAACAUCCAUGCUCUCCAUUGCUACAUUGUACACUAUCAUCAAAGAAACUAAUUUCUCGCCAAAAGUAGAGGUACAAGUUUCCAGAUCAUUCACCUACAUAACAUGUAUAUUAUGCCUUGAUCGAAAACAUAACCAAAUUCAGACAUUAUUCUAUUGCAAUAAUCAUGCCUUUUGUGAUUUAAUUUCUGGUAUUUUCUGGAGUUUCCGUCCUUUUUCUAUUCCAUUUUUUAUGAUGCCUUUGAUGUUAAGUACAACGAUUUUCAUCUGUGGUGACAAUCUUGUGAAUUUUGCUAAUAUGUUAUGUUCAGUGUUACGUGCUUUGUCAGUGCAGUGCGUACCCAUCUACUACUAAAGUGGGUGUGGAAUGGGUUCAAGUGAUUGGGAUUUGUCAACGUGAUGCCUAACCCAUUUAAAGUUUUAAAAUGAUUAACAUGUUGGUGUGACGAUUUGGUUCUAUUUCCGCACAUUUUCGUCAAUCCUACAGUAUGUCACAAAUGUAGAUGUAGAUGACGUAGAAAAGUUACUUUCCACAAAUGCAUUGCAAAAACUCUGGUGUCGAUUUAACACCAGCCCGGAAUCUAUAUAUGUCCACACCAGAGAAGUGUUAAACAACACCAGUUUUGUUUUGGUCUAACACCAGAAAGGUGUUUAUACAACACCAAUCACUAUUAAAAGCAUCGGUUUGAUUAAAAUCUUGUGUUGUUUCAAUACUUCUCUGGUGUGGACAUAUAGAUUCCAUGCUGGUGUUAAAUCAGCACCGGAGUUUUUGCAGUGUGCUUAUGUAGAUGACACAGAAAAGUUACUUUCCUUUAAUAAUGUUCUGUAGUUCCUAAUCUACAGGAAAUUUAGAAUGGUAAUGUACAAACUAUCGUAAGUGUUUGCUUGCCCUAGACGAUAGGUAGUUUUCGCAUGUACUACGGGGAAACUCUAUAACGCAUCGAUUCCUUUGAAAAUGCGAUUAAAAUCACAUUGGAGAGCUGAGUGGCUUUUGCCAAAAGUUAGUGGACUGGAACAGCAGAUCUUCCGAAGGUUUGCUGCGGAACAACAAUUGCAAAUAAUUAUGCUGUUGUCCACAGUCAAGAGAUUCCAAUGCUGUCCCGGUCCACCAACUUUCGACAAAAGCCUCUCAGCUCUAUAUUGUGAUUUUAAUUGCAUUUUCAAAGGAAUUGAUGCGUUGUAGAGAGUUUCCUCCAAGGAAGUGCGAAAAGUCAUGGGUUGGUUUUCCCUUAAAGUGUGUCAUUCUACGUAAACCAAUUUCCGUCCAUUCAUUAGCCUUUUGACAAUCACAGAACAGAUUGAAAUAGUCUCGUCUCAUCUCAGAUGCAGACACUCUUCUUCCAAACUACUUUUGCACCAAUUGUUGUCUUUCAAUUUUCUACUAUAAUCCAUUUUUCUACUCUCCUUAUUAUGCAAAUGUGUGAUUUUCUGCAAAAGCGCUGGAUUUUUUUACAAAGGGAUUUGCCCGUUUUCUGUGUCAUGCCUGAAUCUCUGGAGGUAUAUGGCAAAUCAUGCAUCAAGUGAAUAUGUAUCGUAAAGAAUCAUGGAGCAGAUAGCUGACAUUAUCAAUGUUUAAAUUGAUUGUUUGCCUAUUUUGGGAAGUUUGCUUGAAAUUUUAGUCGGAUCCAUGACAUUUACUCCGGCGACAAUUGCUCUGAAACAAAAACUCUAUAACAAUCCUAACUCGCAAGGCCACGGCAUGCCUUACGACUGUAACGCUGAU